AUGACGGAUGCAGGAGCUGCUGGUCCUAAACCUAGUAGCAGUGUUAAGCUUGUGCUGCUUGGAGAAGCUGCCGUAGGCAAGUCCUCACUAGUCCUACGAUUCGUCAAUAAUGAUUUCCAAGAAAAUAAGGAGCCGACGAUAGGAGCCGCCUUCCUUACGCAAAAAUGCUCCCUCCCAACCCGAACCAUCAAGUUCGAAAUAUGGGAUACAGCAGGGCAAGAACGCUUCGCUUCCCUCGCACCCAUGUACUACCGUAAUGCCCAAGCUGCCCUUGUCGUCUACGACCUCACCAAGCCCUCCUCCCUCACAAAAGCCAAGCACUGGGUCGCUGAGCUCCAGCGACAAGCCAGCCCAGGCAUCGUCAUCUCCCUCGUCGGCAACAAGCUUGACCUAACCAAUGAAGACUCUAGCGCAGCAGCAACAGCACCAGGCAGACGGCCUGCUCCAUCCGCAUCUUCCGGCAGCCGAGGGUCUGCAGGUGGUUCGUCGGGCCCGGACUCCUCUGAGGGCGCCGACAGUGACUCUGCAGCGGAUGCCGCUGAGCGAGACGAAAACGAAGAUGACGAGGAGGAGGAGCAGGAUGCUCGGGCCGGUGAUGCGCGGAAGAUCUCCACGCGCGAGGCAAGCUCGUAUGCGGAGGAGGAAGGGCUGUUGUUCUUCGAAACUAGUGCGAAGACGGGGGUUAAUGUAGCUGAGGUCUUCACUGCGAUUGCGAAUGCGAUUCCGGAAACGAGUCUGAAGGGGGCGAGGGGUGUUGGUGCUGGCGCUGGUGCGGGGAACAGUGGUGGUCUUGGUGGUGGGAGGUCUGGAGAGGAUGCGCGGAUUAAUUUAAGGGAUCGGGAUGCGGCGACGGCGAAGGAGGGGUGUGCUUGUUAA